AUGGACUGGGACCCCAUGGCUACCGACACAGAUGGCUAUAUCUGCCCGCCAUGCCCAGUCUUCUACCCUACAGCGGUGGAGUUCGAGCACCCGCUGAAAUAUAUUUCCAGUAUUCGCCAUAUUGGAAUGCAAGCUGGUAUUUGCAAGAUUGUGCCGCCCAAAAGCUGGAGACCACCGUUUGCGAUCAAUGAAAAGACCUUUCGUUUUCGGACACGUGUGCAACAGCUGAAUUGCAUUGAAGGUCAUUCACGUGCAGAAGGCCAGUUCGUGGAAGCACUACGACUCUUUUUGUACCAACGAGGUGAACCCAUGAAGGAACUGCCGCGUGCUGACGGGCAGCUGGUCAAUCUGCACCUGCUGUAUAAGACGGUGGUUUUACUUGGAGGAUUUCAUGCGGUGUGUGCAAGUGAUAGAUGGGGGCAGGUUGUACGUCGAGUCGGUCGCACAAAAUCUGUAAGCGAUCCUUCGGAAGCGCUGUGCUACACCUAUAAAGCGUAUUACGAGACGCUGUUGCUCUCCUAUGAGAAGGAACAGGAAGCUAAGGAAAACGGUGGCAGUAGUGGUGGCAUACUAGAGACUAAAGUGAAGGGCGAGGCUGGCAGGAUAAUAGCCACGGCUUCUGAAACAAACAGGUCUAGCGAUACUGAGGUGACACCGUCGUCUAAGCCUCGAAGUCUUAGUGGAACGAUGUCCACAAAAGAAUGCAAGGGCGAUAUACGAGACGGUGAUGAUGGACUCGUGAAGCGUGCUCUGUGUUCAGAGGGCGAACACACAAGCAGCGAAGAGAGCGACAGCCACCCAGCCAUGUCGCCAAAAUCUACAAAUUGGCAGCCAGACCACGACCGACAGGUUUUGCAACGCGCCCUGGAUCCCGAAUCGUUGAAGCCGUCGAGUACACGCAAUGUGAGACUCGGUCCUCCAGAAAUUCGUGUGGGGCAGAAGUUCUAUCGGUUUUUCCCCGAUUCGGGAGCCGUGUUGACUGAGGUCAAACGUGUCUUUGGCGGAAAGAAGCCACACGUUGCUGUGCGUUACUUGGAUAGUGACUCCAACGAUGACAUUGAAAUGUCUAGUAUGGAAAUUCUGAUAGCUAACGGCUGGGAUGCGAGUGCGGCUGAGCUUGCGUACAAUAGUGAGAUCUGUCAGGUUUGUCUGCGCGGCGAUUGCUGGAACCGGAUGCUGCUUUGUGACGGCUGCAACAGUGGGCAGCAUCUUUUUUGUCUGGAACACCCGUUGCCUGCGGUGCCUACCGGUGAUUGGUAUUGCAAGGAAUGCGUGCGAGAUGCAACGGAUCCCGAGAAACGCAAGACCAAUCCUAAGUUUGGUUUCGAUAUGGGAGCAGAGAUCAGUAUGGUAGACUACAAGGAACGUGCCGACGCCUGGAAACGGAAGUAUUUUUCGUUGCCGUCCGAUGUCAAUCCGGACGAAGCGAUUAGCGACCGGGAUUUAGAAACUGAAUACUGGAAGUUGCUGAGCGUUCCCGUGCACGAACAGCGGCUUGAGGUACAGUAUGGCAGCGAUGUCGAUACAGGUUCCAAUGGCAGCGGCUUUCCUCGUCUGGAUUUGUAUAUGAAGAACUUCCGUACCGUGUCCAAGCGUUGGAAAAAUCUGACUGCCGAGGCGAAGAGUGACUACGUUCGUCAACUCAGCGAGUUCUUUUCGCAUGGGUUGCGUGGGGGUUUGUCAACGAACGCAGGAGGAAAUAAUGAGAACGCUGACGCUGCGCAGUCGAUUGAGGAUUUACUACAUCGAUACGCACAGGAUGACUGGAACUUGAACAACAUGCCCAAGUUGCCGGGAUCGGUGCUUCAACACUUGGACGUCGACAUUAAAGGUGUAAUGGUUCCGUGGUUGUAUGCAGGAAUGUGCUUUUCCACGUUUUGUUGGCACGUGGAAGACCACAAUUUCUACAGCACGAGCUAUUUGCACUGCGGUGCACCUAAGACAUGGUACGGUAUCCCUUGUGCCAGCGCUGAGCAUUUCGAACGCACCAUGAAGAAACUCACACCGGAGCUCUUUGGUAGUCAGCCAGAUCUGCACAUGCAGCUGGUUACGAUGUUUUCACCUAAAACGUUGCGAGAACACGGCGUGCCUGUGUAUCGCGCGACACACCGCCCGAAUGAGUUUAUGGUCACGUUCCCGUCAGCGUAUCAUGCUGGUUUCAACACUGGUUUUAAUUGCGCUGAAGCGGUGAAUUUUGCCACUAUGGACUGGUUGCCCUGGGGUGCAAAGUCUUUGCGAAAGUAUCGGGAGUUCUGCAAGCUGCCUGUGUUUUGUCAUGAGGCACUGGUAUGUACUCUGGCGGAGAGCCUUGUCGAUGGCAGCAGCUUUGAGUUUGAAAAUACCGAGUCGUUCUUGCUUCCAGCGGUAGAGCAGUUGCUGCAGAGUUAUUUCGAGUUCCAGCGGCGAGUGAAUGACACGAACAGUACAACACAUGUGGCAAAGCGGAAGCUCAUUGCCGAUUUUGAGAAGCAGGAGUACCUAGGAGCUGGCGCGACUGAUGCCGAAGCGUUAACAUCUUCAAUGAGACCGGGUGUGGUAGCUCGAGCAUGCAAUCGCUUUUCAAAGAUGACAGGUACUGUCUCGGCACGAUGCAAGCGAGGUACUAAGAUGAAGGGGGGGAUGAAAAGCUCCGAGACAUCCAUGCGGCCAAACAGGAUGGCGCUGUGGGCAGGCCGUUCAGGUAAAAAUGAGGGGCUCCGCUGCGUAACUUGCCAGCAGUACUGCUAUCUCCAGGCAGUUGUGUGCACUAGGUGCCGUCCACCCCAUGGGAGUAAUAGUGAUGCUGUCGUUGGUUGUUUGGAGCACUACCCGAAAAUGUGCAAGUGCGGUGAUCCAGAGAAUUUUGUGUAUUUGUAUCGCUAUGAAGCCACGCAUCUCGAAAACAUGGUUGAUGACUUGCGGAGGCGACUAAAUAGCGUUCGGGCAUGGAGCAGAGCGUGUGACGCCGUGAUGCAGUAUCGCAAACGCUCGGCUGACUGUUCUUUCGCACCUGAGGUAUCAUUAUCUGAUCUAAAGCGACUGCUGUCGUGUGGCAAAUCUUGCGGUGGUGCCGAUUGCGAUCGAUUGGAUUCAUUGGAACGUGCAAUUGCUCGUGUUGAGCACUGGGACGCCCAAGUUGCUCGGCUACUGAUGGCGUUCGAUUCGCAAGAGCAAGUGCACUUGAGUAUCGAAGAGUUUGAGUCCUUGUUGACGGGAGCAAAGAAAUUGCUGGUUGAGCCCGUCACCUUUGAAAAGGUUCAGGACAUUGUAAACGAGUGGCGCACAAUGCGGAACGAGGCUGCCGUGAUGCUCAAGUCGACAAACGAUAUCUUCUGCGAUGAGGUGGCAAAGAAAAUUCGUCCAAGAGCUUCAUCCACCGAUGUUGCAUCGAUUGUUCAUUGGAUGGGCGCUCCCAACACGUUACUUCGCAGCAAUGUGCACUUUGGUCAGCUUUGUACGGCUAUUGUCGAUGUGAGCAAUUGCUUGCGUGCAAAGAAAGAAAACGAUGCCGCUGGUAGUUUAUGCAGUCAACUUGCAAGUGCCCAGCAGUACUUGGAAGUACUGUGCAAAGUGAACGUGCUAGCUGCCAGUAUUGUCGAGAGAGCCCAAGGGAGUGACGCUGUGGGGGCACCGACGCAAACGCAAGUUGAACGAGUGCUGGAUGACGUGCGGAAAUUACACUUAGCAAGCCCAUACGGGAUUGCAAAUGCCGAGGCGUUGCGGAAGCUUAUAGCAACCACUAAUGUCGAGGCAGCAGAGGUGGAAGAAGCACUAAGCGAUCGCUCGAAAAGCACAGAAGAGCUCGAGGAGCUCAAGGAUCGACUAGAGAAGUGUCGGUUAUGGGAACGCCGUGUCCGACAAGUCAUGGCGGUUGUCUCUGGGACCUCUCCUUGUCACGGUCAUAAGUCGAUGAUGGAGCGACCAUCGGUUGAUGAGGUUGAGGAGCUGUUCGCGCAAGCCGAUGCUCAUUUUGUGCCGAGUUCGUCUCUACUGCGUCGACAAGUUCACUCACGGUUGCAAGACUGCCGUCGUUGGUACGAAGCUGUUCACGCCUUGUUUCUGCGUCCGUCAAACAGCCAUCUCUCGUUGGCUCAGUUCUUGCAGACGGCCUUGAAGAUGGUCCAGCAGCAACUCGCGCACAAUCCGAACCAGGCUUUGCAUUUGCAUUCGCAGUUGUACUGCGUCUGCAAGCAGAUUCUGAGCGAGCGAGCUCAAGUCGUGACUUGCCAACGCUGUCAGCGGUACUACCAUCCUCAGUGCGCGCCGGACUUGGUGGCUCGGCAUCCAAAGGACGCCUUCAUUUGCGGCACAUGCCGUCCUUCUCAGCGCAAACGUCAAAGCCCAAGGGAUACGGAGUCGCCUCAAGUGUUUUGCGUCUGCCGUGGCGUCGAUCAAGCUCCUAUGAUCUGCUGUGAUUUCUGUGAUGAAUGGUAUCAUGCAGCGUGCGUGGACCUCAUGCCGCAAGAGCUCGACUGCAUCGAUGCAUUUCGCUGUCCUCGAUGCUCGCGUCGACAGAACCUGUACUACCUUGACAAGAAGCUGCUGCGUCGCGAGUGUUUGGGCAGACGACCAGCACUCGCUCGAGUCGAGAGCUUUUUGGGGCAGAUGCAGACCCAAUUGGUGGCGUGGCCUCCAGGAGCACAUGAGCUCGUAGCUUAUGUGGAGGCUGUGAAGAGGGUCGAGCGCGAAGUCGGCAUUUUUACCCACAAGUUUGCGCUGCGAGAGUUUUCACCCAGUGCUUUUGCCACGCCCAACUACGUGCAGAGUCAAGAAGCUGGAGUUAUUCAACUCAUGGAGCGCGUGACGGGUCUGGAAGUUGGGCUGGAGAGGGCACAGACUCAAUUAGGGGCUGUGCACUGGUGCUUGCGGGCAUGUGAACUCGUGUUGGGUCCUGAUAAUCGAGCUCCGCGGUAUGCCCACUUGGCUGCCUUACUGCAAGACGUGAAGACCCAGCAGCCUGGUUUCACGUUUCCACGUGAGGAGUACCGGUUGAUGCAAUUGACGAUUGCUGAACGAGUGAGCAAAGCUGCGCAGUGGUUACGCGCGACCAAGGCACUCGAGAUUGAAGAGUGGAACAUUGAGAAGGCACGCCGUCUUCAAAGCGAUGCUGCGGAGCUGGGCGCUUACCUGGAACUGCCAGCGACGGAACUGCAGUUUGUCCAGGAUGUUGUCGCUCGGCAGGAGAUGAAAGUUGUGGUGUGUACGGAGGAAGAGGAGGAGGAAGAGGAGGACGACGUGAUGUAUGAAGAAGAACUAGAAAGCCCAAGUGCUGUGGCAUGGAAGAAGCAGCGACGUUAG